AUGGGCAAAGGUUACAGCGCCGCGAUCGCGGCGAAUCCGUACAUCGUCGGCUCCUUUGCAUGCAUCGGCGGCGGCCUCUUUGGACUGGACAUCUCGUCCAUGUCCGGGGUUCUCAAUAACCCUGCCUAUCAGAUCCAGUUCGGAUACCCCUCGUCGAAUGCACAGGGCGCCAUCGUGGCCGCGAUGCCUGCCGGCUCCUUCGUCGGCGCGCUGGCCGUGACGAAGCUCGCGGACCGUUUUGGCAGGAAGCAGACCGUCAUCCUCAGCGGCUGGAUCUGGGUCGUCGGGAGCAUCCUGCAGUGCGCGAGCGUGAACCGCGGCAUGCUCGUCGUGGGCCGGAUCGUGUCCGGCCUCGCGGUCGGCAUCGCGUCGUCCAUCGUCCCCAUCUACCAGUCCGAGAUCACCGCGCCCGCGAUCCGUGGACGCCUCGUGUCGAUGCAACAAUGGGCUACUACGUGGGGUAUCUUGAUCCAAUACUUUGUCGAAUUUGGGUGCUCGUACAUCAACGGCAAGGCGUCAUUUCGGAUUCCGUGGGGUCUGCAAAUGAUUCCGGCCAUCAUCCUCUCCCUAGGUAUGAUGCUCUUCCCCGAGAGCCCCAGAUGGCUCAUCGACCACAGCCGCCCAGAGGAGGCCCUCACCAUCCUCGCGGACUUGCACGGCGGGGGAGACCCGAACAACUCCCUUGUCCAGCUCGAGUACCACGAAAUUCAGGAACAGGUGGCACUCGAGCGCGAGCAGGGGGCGAAGAGCUACAGGGACUUGUUCAAGCCUGGCAUCUUCCGCCGCGUCACGCUCGGCUGUGCGCUCCAGAUGUGGAGCCAGCUGUCCGGGAUGAACAUCCUGAUGUACUACAUCAUCUACGUCUUCGAGGGCGCCGGGCUCACAGGCCGACGAGCGAACCUCAUCGCCGACUCCGUGCAGUACGUUCUCAACGUCGCCCUGACCGUGCCCGCGAUCAUAUACAUCGACAAAUGGGGCCGCCGCCCGAUGCUGCUCACCGGGACCAUGCUCAUGGGGUUCUGGCUCAUGCUAGUGGGCGGGCUCCAGGGCCACUUUGGCCACUGGGGCGAGGUCGAAGGCGCCCAAUCGCGUGUGUGGGUCCUCACCGGAAAUGACCACGCCACGAAGGCGAUCAUUGUCUGCUCGUACUUGUUUGUGUGCAGUUUUGCGAUCACCAUGGGACCGGUGUGUAUCGUGGACAUACCCCGCAGAAAUAUUCCCGAUGCGCGUCCGCGCAAAAGCGGUCUCUGUGGCCACAGGCAAGUUGUCGUCGGGCCGCGCUGUCACAACGCUCACGGCGCACACGCAGCCGUCAACUGGGUGUUCAACUUCGCGCUCGCGUGGGCGGUGCCGCCCAGCCUGUCCACGAUCGCAUACAAGACCUACUUCAUCUUCGGCACGUUCAACUUUGCGGCCUUUAUCCACAUCUUCUUCUGUUUUCCGGAAACGGCGCAGCGUACGCUGGAAGAGGUCGAGGACGUGUUCGCGCAAGGACACGCGUUCGCCGCUUGGCGCGUCACAAGGGAUGUUGGGAAGAAGACGCUUGAGGAUGUCAAGGCCGAGGCUAAGCACGAAAUACACGAGCAUGAGGACUCCGUUGAUGAGAAGGUAUAG